CGACAACAACAAGAACAAUCACAACAACCUCUAUCGAGUACAUGAUACAGCACCCAUGAAAGAAAAGAACACCAGUCAAAAUGUGAUCUAUCCAUCUUGUUCAUACCUUGCCCCCCCCCCCUCGGCCUCUCCAUGAAAUACGCCAGCGGAACACUCUUGAUGCCCUUCCACUCAAACUCAGCCGGCACCUCCCAGAUCCUAGGCCCCUUGUCCACGAAGCCAAACCGUUCGUAUAGUAGUCUUCCGUUCGUGCUGGCUUCCGUGCAGCCAUACGCCCCGAGUUCAUCUGCCCUGUCCAUGCCCCAUUGCAUCAGCAUCCUCCCCACGCCUUUCCGCUGAUACUCCGGUGUGAUGGCCAUUUUAUCCAGCACUGUGCAUAUGCUCCACAAUCAGCAAGCUGUCGCCCAGCAUCUCAAGUUGCAG